CUUCAGUACACGUUGGGACCUUCACUUGGGUGUGUGUGUGUUGGUGUGCUUCCUGCUGUUGGUUCCUUUCUUUCGGCGCAAAAGUGAAGCCAACGCUUGUUGACCAUUUUUUUUCCCCCCAACAAUUUAGUUCAACAGCUAAUCAUUGAAGAACGCUCUUGGAUACUGAUAUUUCCGCCGGCCGAAUCAGUUUCUUUUGGAAUUUAGACGACCAGCAACACCUUGGAUUAUAAUUAGAUUUACUUUUCGGAUUAAAAAGCAAAACAAAAACAAUCCAGAUUUCAUGAAAAUGAAAUCCACAGUUGGAGACGCACAGCGCAGUUACAGGCCAUCCAUCUCUAGUUAACGCGAAACUGAGCGUUCUAAUUUCAUCAAGAAAUCAGCGUGCGUGUGUCGAAGAGCACGAGACUCCGAAAGUUGUGAGAUGGUUAGCGACCAUGUUUGUGUGCCCAACAAGGAAAUUUGCUGACCUAUCGCUGGCCAGUUUUUGAGUGUAUCAUACUUAUUUGAACGGGCCAGUGGUUUUGACCUACGUUACAGUGUGCAAGUGUUUUUAGGCGAUAUUCGACGACCCACCGUACAAUGAUUUCUUAGGUUGUCAUAGGCCAUUGGGACGCGAGUAUUCUGCAGUUUCGUAAAAACUGCUCGAUUUUCACGAACCGUUGGGUAAACGGACAAACGAUGGUUUCCUCCGAGUCGGCCGACGGCUGCAAACGAAGAAGCCACUCUUUGGUGGGCUCUUCGUUAUGGCAGACCCGAAUCUUAGCGGUGAGUGCAGUGUCAAAACCCACCGCUCCAAUCAAGCCUAGGCAACCCCAUCGGACUGGAAGACGAUCGACGAUGCCUCGGUACUCUUUUAUGCGAUCCAACGCAUCGUCUGUGACCCCUCUAGGUUGUUGGAUGCUAUUUUCAGUCGUGCUAGCUACUAGUUUGACAGUGUCGCAUUGCGAGUACAUUCGUGAAUUUGAGAUAUCCGAGGGUGUCUCCCUCGGUACAACAAUCGGUUUGAUUGGUGAGAGCAACCCCGGUGUGCCUCGACCCCCACCGCCUCCUUAUCUGAUUGUGCCAGUGCCGGGCAGCGCAGUUGAUUCUGAUCUAAACAUCGAGCAGUCAACGGGCGAAAUACGAACCAAAGUGGUGCUCGACAGGGAGCUGCGCUCCUCGUAUUCUCUGGUAGCCAUUCCGCUAAGCGGGGAGAAUAUCCGUGUGCUGGUGACGGUCAAAGACGAGAACGAUAACGCACCAACUUUCCCCAAUCCUUGGCUGCAAAUCGAAUUCCCCGAGAACACACCGCGAGAUGUUAAACGGACUCUUCCGCCGGCCAGGGAUCUCGAUUUGGAUAUAUUCAACACGCAGCGCUACAACAUCAUUUCGGGCAACACGAACAACGCGUUUCGAUUGUCUUCGCAUCGCGAGCGGGACGGCGUCCUCUACUUGGACCUGCAAAUCAAUGGCUUCUUAGACCGCGAGACGACGGCCUUCUAUAGCCUGGUGAUCGAAGCGCUUGACGGUGGCAAUCCACCGCUACGUGGUUUUAUGACGGUCAAUAUCACGAUCCAGGAUGUCAACGACAACCAACCGAUAUUCAAUCAGAGCCGUUACUUUGCUUCGGUGGCCGAAAAUGCCACCAUCGGCACUAGUGUCUUGCAGGUGUUCGCCACCGACACCGACGCCGGAAACAAUGGUCGCAUUACUUAUUCGAUCAACCGGCGUCAGAGCGAUCGGGAUUCGGUGUUCGUCAUCGAUCAACUCACCGGAGUCAUCUCGGUCAACCGGCCGCUGGACUUUGAAACGAAAGAGGUUCACGAGUUGGUCGUGGUGGCCAGCGAUUCGGGCGUUCAAGCGCUGGAGACGACGGCAUUCGUUUCGAUCCGCGUUACAGACGUCAACGAUAACCAGCCCACUAUCAACCUAAUCUUCCUGAGUGACGAUGCUACUCCCAAGAUUUCAGAGGACGCCCAGCCUGGCGAGUUUGUUGCCCGCAUUUCCGUCAACGACCCGGACUCGAAGGAGGAGUACGCCAAUGUGAAUGUGACUUUAGACGGGGGCGAAGGCCAUUUCGGUUUGACCACCCGCGAUAACAUUAUUUACAUGAUCGUUUCGCUUCCAUUGGAUCGAGAAGUCAAACCCAACAUGACGUUGGUAGUGACGGCCACCGAUCAGGGUAGCCCUCCUCUUCACGCGUCGCGUGCCUUCAAUUUACGCGUCACCGAUACCAACGAUAAUGCCCCGCAGUUCGAACAAACCAUGUACUACGCCAACGUGUUAGAAGUGGCCGAUCCGGGCACAUCCGUUUUCCAGUUGUCAGCCGUUGAUCGCGAUCUGGGCAAUAAUUCCAUCGUGACUUAUUCGGUUCUCGACUCGCCCGACACGCAUUCCGAUUGGUUUCAAAUCGACGCGCGCACUGGUCUCAUCACCACUCGGAAACACAUUGAUUGUGAAACGGAUCCGGUUCCGCAAAUUACUAUUUUGGCAACGGAUUCGGGUCGACCGUCACUCACCGGCACGGCCACUGUUCGCGUUACGAUUCGCGACGUCAACGACAACGAGCCCAUAUUCGAUCAAAGUUUUUACAACGUUUCGGUCCGUGAGGAUGAAGCUGUCGGCCACUGCGUUCUCAAGGUAUCGGCUACAGAUCCGGAUUGCGGAGUCAACGCCAUUGUCAACUACACAAUGGGUGAUGGAUUCGGCAAAUACCGAGAAUUCGAGGUCAACCCAUCGUCGGGUGAAAUUUGUAUUUCUGCCGCACUCGACCACGAGAAGAGAAACAUCUACGAAUUCCCUAUAUUAGCAACAGACAGAGGUGGUCUCAGCACGACAGCUAUGGUCAAGAUCCAAGUGGUUGACGUCAACGACAACCGGCCCAUGUUCUACCCGCGUGAGUACAACGUAUCGCUGCGUGAACGGGAAUCAGUCAACUCUCCCGUCGUUGUCGUUGUCGCUACGGACAAGGACGCCGGUAAAUACGGUGCCGUUCGUUAUGCCAUCGUAGCCGGCAACGAAGAAGGACUUUUUCGAGUCGAAAUGUCCAGUGGCGAAGUGUUUCUCAUGCAACCAUUAACACGCGCUCGGCUCGCUCAUCGGCUCAACAUUUCGGCAACGGACGGUGGUGGCCUUCGUUCAGCCCAUGAUGCUGAAGUUCUCGUCACCGUCAUUGACAGCAGCCAUCAGCCUCCCAUUUUCGAGAACAACCGCUAUCUGUUCUCGGUACGGGAAGACGCCCAACGCAAUUCGGUCAUCGGCACUGUUUCGGCAUCCAGUGUAACUGGUUCCGACAGCGCCCGCUAUUCCAUCUAUUCUGGGGAUCCUAAUGGAUACUUUUCCAUUAAUCCUGUCACUGGCACGAUCACGACCAACACGGAAUUGGAUCACGAGACGCAUCCGUUUGUCUUGCUCAAUGUGGCUGCUAUGACAGGAGAGCCGCCGACUUUCGGUCACAGCCAGGUGAAUAUUACCAUCGGCGAUGUUAACGACAAUGCUCCCGAAUUCGACACGGUGGUUGUGAAGAUAUCCGUGGCCGAGAAUGCCGAACUCGGCACGCCUAUUUACGCGGCUCACGCUCACGAUGAUGACAGUAACGACAAUGGCGCCGUCACCUACCAAUUACUGACCAAUCCUGAUGGCUUGUUCAAGAUCGACCCGCGUCAAGGGUUCAUCAUGCUCACACGAAAAUUGGAUUUCGAAACGACGCAAAAAUACGCGCUGGUGAUAGGCGCGCAAGACAAAGGAACGCCACCACUUCGUUCGAAUCUUACGCUAAACAUCGAAGUGCAGGAUGUGAACGACAACCCACCGGCUUUCGAAAAGGAUGAAUACCAAGUGAACGUGGUCGAAUCCUUAGCCGUGAAUUCGCAGUUCCUCCAGGUCAAUGCCAUCGAUCUCGACACGGGCAAUAACGCCCGUUUGACUUAUCGGGUCAAAGAGGAGGCCCUAGCCGAUGUUUUCGGUAUUUUCCCAAACAGCGGAUCACUCUAUUUGAAAAAGAGCCUGGAUCGUGAAAUACGUGAUCGCUACACCUUGACGGUUGUGGCCACGGACAACGGCCUACCACCGGGCAGUGCCGCCACAACGGUCAACGUUUUCGUCAACGACGCCAACGAUAACGAUCCUGUUUUCACGCGUGACGUCUACCAGUUCACCAUCGAGGAAAACUUGGAGAAGGGAGCUCUCGUUGGUGUCGUAUCCGCCACCGACAAAGAUCUGGAUGCCAACGCGGCCCUGCGCUACAGCCUCUUGCCAAUCAACAGCAGCUUCCAACUGAAUUCGUUAACAGGUGAAAUUUUCACGAAAGGGCCAUUGGAUCGAGAGGCCAAAGCCGUUCAUGAACUGCAAAUGGAGGUGAAAGACCAAGGAAACCCGCCGAGAAGUGCCAAAGCUAUCGUCCGCGUUAUGGUCACUGACGUCAACGAUAACACGCCGGUCAUCGUCGAGCCGGAAGAAACUGUGUUGAGUGUUCGCGAAGAACUUCCAGCCGGCACGGAAGUCGUGCGCAUCCGGGCAGUCGACACGGACGAAGGAAACAACGCCUCCAUCACUUAUUCGUUUGUCACGGGUGAGGACACUGACGGAUCGGACGCGUUCACCAUUGAUGAGACGACGGGAACUAUCCGGACGAAAGUCACGCUGGAUCACGAAGAGCGCGCCUUCUAUCGGCUGGCGGUUUCGGUCAAAGAUCACGGCCGCCCUCCCAAGGAAACCGUUCGCCAACUUCAGAUCGAGGUGUUGGAUCUGAACGAUAACAGACCGACCUUCUCCACGUCGUCGUUCGCUUUCAAGGUGGUGGAAGGCGUGACGAUCGGACAGGAGAUUGGAACGGUGAUUGCCGAAGAUCGAGAAGCGGCCGAAAACGAACGCGUCACGUAUACAUUGCUGAGCGGCAACGCCUACGGCUCGUUUGAUAUCAACAAGACGACAGGAGCGCUGUUCGUGGCCAAAGAAAUCGACAGAGAAGCGAUCGCUCAGUACGUGCUGCAAGUGAAAGCAGUGGAUAGUAGCGUCACCCAUCCGCAAAGUAACAUAAUCAACAUCAAAAUCGACGUGGUGGACGUCAACGAUUGUGCCCCAAGCUUCACGACGGACCCAGUUCUGUUCUCUGUGUCGGAGAACGCGGCAGUCGGCACGGCCGUCUGGAACUUUAGUGCCAUCGAUCCGGAUGACGGUUCCAAUGGGUCAGUUCAAUACACGUUGACGCAUCAGUGGCCGGUUAGCGCUUUCAAGAUCAACGCUAACUCGGGCAUUUUGACGCUCAUCAACCCGUUAGACCACGAACAACAUCCCGAGUACACUCUGGUCGUAACGGCUUCUGAUCAGCCGGAAAAUGAAGGCGACAAACUGUCGACGUCCGUAACAGCCCGUGUCGUCGUCGAAGAUUUCAACGACAACGUGCCCGUCUUUGUGUCUCGGACACGGGUCGACAUCAUGGAGGACGAACCGGUUGGUUACCCGCUGCUGCACGUCAUCGCAGUGGACCGGGACGCCCGCGAUAACGGACGCGUUUCCUACGCCAUCGUUUCUGGCAACGACGACGGUGCGUUUUCGCUGGACGCAGCCACUGGCGUCCUGGCCGUCACGCGACCUCUUGACCGUGAGUCGCAAAAUCGCUAUGCGCUGAACGUGACAGCUACUGACCACGGCAGGCCAGCCAAAUCCAGCUGGCAAUUGGUGCAUAUUCACGUGGAAGACAUCAACGAUAACCCACCGCGUUUUGUCCGUCCAUUUUACGAGGCUGCCGUGCCGGAAAAUGCACCGAAGGGUACGUUCGUCGUUAAAGUCGCAGCUACCGACAAGGACGUCGGUACCAACGGCAAUUUGACGUACACCAUUCCAGAAGGCAUUGCCGAUGGAAUGUUCAGCGUCGACCCGACCACCGGCGCCGUCACGACCACCGGCCCAUUGGAUCGAGAGCGCAAAGCUUCUUACAUUGUGACGGUGUACGUGCGCGAUGGUUCUUUCCCCGCUCAGUAUGACGCAACCAGCUUGACGGUCGACGUGCUGGACGUCAACGAUCACGCCCCUCAAUUUGGCGAAUCGUGUUAUCCGUUGCACGUGCCAGAGAACAGCGAUUUGUCUGUUAUUCACACAGUUGUAGCCAAAGACGCAGAUUCGGGUGUCAAUGGCGAGAUUACGUACAGUAUUACCGGCGGCAACGUUGGCAAUAAGUUCAGCAUUGAUUUGCAUACCGGCCAGUUGUCUAGUCGACCAUUGGACCGCGAACUCAAGGACCGAUAUUAUCUAAUCAUUGCGGCGCAGGACAGGGGUGUUCCAUCACCUCGCCAGGGGUUCUGCAACAUCACUGUCAGUGUCGAUGAUGAAAACGACAGUGAUCCGCGUUUCACGCAGAAUCGCUACACAGCCACGUUGGCCGAGAACGUACCACCUGACACAAUCGUCAUGACAGUCCAGGCCACUGAUGCCGAUCGCGGUCAUAAUGCGAAAAUCACCUAUUCGCUGAGCAACGAAACGCAAUGGCUGUUCAAGAUCGACAACGAAACGGGCGUACUCACCACAACUGGGCAUUUCGAUCGCGAGAGACGAGGUAGCUACACGUUCGAAGUACGAGCCACCGAUGGCGGACGCUACGACGCCCGAUCUGAGAAGGCGCAAAUCCAUAUCACCAUCACUGACGUCAACGACAACAAGCCGGUUUUUGUCAAAUACCCGUUUGCGGCCGACGUACCGGCUUUUACUCAGCCCAAUCAACAGCUGCUGCAGAUCGUGGCCGAAGAUCGGGACGAAGGGCCUGGCGGCGAGGUCGUUUACAGCCUUAUCAAUCAGCCAUCCAACUCGAAAUUCCGCAUUCAUUCAAGCACCGGUGUCGUGACGGCCACCAGUUCUCUGACCAUGGAAUCGGGUCGCCUCUUUCACCUCGAGGUGCUGGCCACUGACAAGGGAUCGCCGUCACUCAGUUCAACGGGUUUGAUCGAAAUCCGCGUCGGGACGGGCGAAACUGGGUCGACGGACGUGCAGUCUAACGUGGCUCUCCGCUUUCAAAACGCAACCUAUCACGUCCAGUUGGGCGAGAACGCACCUGUUGGCAAAGACGUGAUUCAAGUGUCUGCAGUGCGAUCAGAUGGACGUCGUCAAAGGGUCACCUAUAGUUUCGGUAGUGGCAAUGAGGAGAACACGUUCGAAAUCAAUUCGAAUAACGGACUGAUCCGCGUCCGUGAUCAGAAGCGUCUUGAUUUUGAGAGCACGCCACGUCUACGGUUGAUUGUUGUAGCGCAGGCUGAAGGGGCGUCGCCUCUGUACGGUUACGCAACCGUUUGGGUUGACCUGCUCGAUCAGAAUGACAAUACUCCGCGAUUCACGCAGGACAGUUACACGUCCUCGGUCUGGGAAGGAAAUAAUAAAGGCACCUUCGUUAUGCAGGUAUCGGCCACUGAUGGUGAUAUGGGUGCUAAUGCAAAUACAAUUUAUCACAUCGUGGAUGGUAACCACGAUAACGCGUUCGUCAUCGAGCCACCGUUUUCUGGCAUCGUUAAGACCAAUAUCGUUCUCGAUCGGGAGAUUCGUGAUUUCUACCGGUUGACCAUUAUAGCCACGGAUGAAGGAUCGCCUCAGUUGACGGGCACGUGUACGUUGCGCAUCAACAUUGUUGACGUCAACGAUAAUCAGCCCACAUUCCCGCCACACAGCGUCGUCAGUGUCAGUGAAGGAUCGGAAGUGGGAACAGUCAUCACGACGAUCACGGCCAAUGACGUUGAUACGAACCCAACGCUAACGUAUGAUUUCGCUGAUGGGGGUAAUCCUGACAGGAUGUUCAGCAUCGACCGCUUCAGCGGUAAAAUCACGCUGGCCCAGCCCUUGGAUCACGAACGACAGCAGCAGUACACGCUACGUGUUCAGGCCUCUGACAUGGCGCAUAUUACCGAGACAUCCAUUACGGUUAACGUAGUGGAUGAAAACGAUAAUGCGCCCGUGUUUAGUCUUCAAAAUUAUCACGCAUCUUUGCCAGAAUUGACGGAACCCGGUUAUGCUGUGGUGACAAUCAACGCAACAGAUGCUGACAAAGGAGAUAAUGCCCGUGUUCGUUACAGCCUGGCCAUUUCACCGACGGACGCCUUCUACAUAAGCGAGGAAACCGGUGUCAUCUAUACUAACCAAACUUUAACAUUCAAUCCACGCCAACCUGUUCUGCAAUUAGUUGUCAAAGCGGAGGACAGAGGUCGGCCAUCAAUGUCAAGCGUUGUAGCCGUUCGCAUCCAGAUAGCCGACGUCAACAAUAAUGCCCCGAAAUUCUCGCAGGAUGUUUACACGGCUCAUAUCAGUGAGGACGCAACUCGCGGUACCAUUGUCUUACACGUAUCGGCUGCCGAUAGUGAUGAGACACGUGACAAUCACAACAUCGAUUAUUCGAUUGAGAAUGGCAACGUCAAUUCGACAUUCCAGAUCACGAGCGACACUGGCGAGAUCCUCCUGGUUAAAACGGUAGACCGUGAAGAAAUCUCAGUCUUCAACCUGAAAGUUCUGGCCAUGGAUCGUGGUUCGCCCGUUCGCAAUUCGACGGCCGAUGUAGUUAUCUACGUCGACGACGUCAAUGACAAUCCACCCGUGUUCAACCAGACUCUGUACGAAGUCAAGGUCUCAGAGGCACAAGCCAUUGGCACAGCUCUUUUACGCGUGGCUGCAACGGACCGGGAUCACGACGAAAAUGCCCGUCUGAGUUACGACAUUACGUCCGGCAACGACAAAGGCUGUUUCGAGGUUGACCCUUCGACGGGCGUCGUCUCCCUUAAAAAACCGCUCGAUUUUGAGACGACGGCCGAGCACCGAUUCAUCGUUCGUGCAAGCGACGGCCAUAGCACUCAACCGCUAUCAGCCAUUGCUACAAUCACUGUUAAAGUUGAAGAUGAAAAUGACAAUGGGCCAGCAUUCCCAGUCGGAUCGUACCUCGAGUUUGUUGCAGAAAAUGCCCCUGCAGGCACGGUCGUGUUCACGGCUCACGCCAAUGAUAUGGACCGAGGUCCAUAUGGUAAACUCAAGUACAGCAUCGCUGGCGGUGAAGGCAAGGAUCAUUUUAAUAUCGAUCCAGCAAGUGGCAUCGUCGUCACUCAAUCGAUUUUUGAUUACGAAGCCAAGAAUCGUUAUCACCUUUCGAUUCAGGCCAGUGAUAUCGGUGGUCAAACGUCCUCGGCUCACGUCCAAAUCGAUAUCGAGAGCCGAGAUGAGUUCGCUCCAGAAUUCACCGAAUCAUCUUAUCGUUUCUCAGUACCAUCGGACGCCGACGUCGGUUACCCCAUUGGCAAGGUCUUAGCUACCGAUCGGGAUAAGGGAACUGAUGGCCGUGUAGUCUACCACUUACGUAAUCAACACCCACAUUUCAAAAUCAACAAGAUGAAUGGUGUAAUCAGCGUGAGAAAGAGGCUGGACGAUCGACGACCUAUCGGACGUCGCCGUCGAAGAAGUAGCAACAGCGGCCGCCCUUCUUUCGCCACUUCUGCCAUGAUGCCCGUAGCGUCUGCCCUCACAGGAAAUUCCAUCAGUCUGGUCGUUGUGGCUUCAUCUGGCCGCCCAGGUUCGCUCAGUAAUAUGAGCGUCGUUGAAAUCGUGGUGGAAGGCGCAGCUAAUGGAACUCGGCUGGCCAGCGCGGAUCAGAGCGUCGGUGGACUGGCUGAUUGGGCCAUGGGUUUGCUGAUUGCCCUCAUCUUUCUGGUCCUCGGUUUCGUGGCGGCCCUGGUCUUCUUGCACAUGCGUCAUCGCAAGCAACCUGCCAUUGGUGGAGCUGUACCCGGUGGAGGCACGUCCAAAGCGCCAAUGUCAGUUGGAUCGGCUGCUGAUCCAUUCGAUUCGGCGUCGCAAUUUGAUACGUUGGCUUUUCCGCCUCAGUACAAUGAGAUUCCUAAUUACGAGCACGCCGAGAGACGCCAUCAUGUCAACACGUCCGAAAUGUCGGAGCAGAGCCAUUCAGCCUCUAGCGGACGGGGAUCAGCGGAAGAAGGCGAACCCGAAGCUGAGGAGGAUGAAGAAAUUAGAAUGAUUAACGAGGGACCUUUACGUCACCAGCAACAACAAGCGAAAUUACAACGACUGGGCUUGCCCGUCAACGUUCCGGAUUCAGGCAUUCACGGUGAUGAUGAUAACCUGUCCGACGUCUCGGUCCACAAUACCCAGGAGUACCUGGCCAGGUUAGGUAUCGACCCGUCGCGGACUGAUCCAGGCCUGAAUUGCGUCGGUGUUGGUGUCGUCGGCGUCGGAUCGGACGGAUCACACGUGUCUCACGGCUCACAUUCGCACAGCCACGUCGGGCAUCCAGGUCACCAUCACGGAGUCAACGUGGGCCAUUCGAGCAAUCAUGGCGGCCAUAACAUGGCCACUAUGGCCGGCAUGCAUCUGUUCGACGACGAUGAAGGAACUGGCGACGCUGACGGCAUGGAUCUCUCCAACUUGAUUUACGCCAAGUUGAACGACGUUAGCGGCGACGUAGAUCCGGAAACCGUGCUGGAUGGAACGUGUAAUUUCGGCUUCGGCGACAGCAGUCAACCCUCUAUGACGGGUUCGCUUAGUUCAAUAGUGCAUAGCGAGGAAGAAUUAACAGGCAGCUAUAACUGGGAUUACCUACUGGACUGGGGACCUCAGUAUCAACCAUUAGCUCACGUUUUCGGUGAGAUUGCCCGUUUAAAAGACGAUUCGGCGCCGAAUAGCUACGGUACUAGCACACCAAACAAAAAGCCAUUGAACGCCCAGGUGAAGACGCUUCCGCCGCCACUCAUUACCAACGUGGCACCACGUUCCAUUGCACCUGUUGCUCUCAACACUCUAUUACCCGUCGUCCGGGGCUCCGGCCAGCUAGCUCCUAUGCCAUCUCUACCACGCUCGCCCAUCAAUCACGAGAGCACGUUCACUACACCAGCCAUGUCACCGAGUUUCUCUCCCAGUCUGUCACCUCUAGCAAACCGUUCACCGUCUAUCUCGCCAUUGGUUCCACCCGGUGUGAUGACUGGACCGAAACCUAUGAGCCAUCCGUCCCAUCAUCAAUCGCACCAUCAGCGACCUCCACGUACCGCCGCUACCAUGGUGAUAACCGGUGCUUCUUCGGGAUCUGAAACAGAACUGCGGUUGUAAAAAAAUAAAAAUAAAAAUAGUAAUACAAAUUUAUUUGCCUUAUAAACGGCCUAACUUAACCGCCACGACCGGAUUGAGCACAUCCCUCUCAAUUGUAAGGCGUUGAUUACAAUCAUCUCCAAAAUUAAAUUAUUUUCUAAUUUUACACGGUGAGAAGAGCGAACCAGCAGAGUGCCAAUUCCGCUCGUCCCCAUCCGUCCUCUCCAACGCGACUCUGUAUUUUCUGCCUUUUGAAAGUGUGUAAGUUGUGCCUUGUGUCCGUGUAAUUCGUUUUGAUAAAACUUGUUUUUAUAUCCACAUCGCGAUUGUUUACCCUCAAUUCUAAAAUGUUGCGAAAAUGACGAAGGGAAGAUGGGGGAGUGUGAGAAGGGGUGCGUUCAAAUGUACGUACGUGUCAGAAAACAAAAAUUAUUAUGAAAAGGCAAAUUCAAUUGUUGCCAUCCUGGACGCAUCCCUUCUAGCUGACGUUUCCGUGUUUUCGAUAUUUCGUUUGUGAAUGAAAUUGUCUCCCUAUUUUCAAAUCCAUGCCUUUUGUAUUUGUCGUACGCAUAUGAUUAGUGUGUGGGGAGGGGAGGUGGAGUGGGCUCGUUUGCCGUAUUCCUUUGCUAAAUGGUGCCAUGUUGCUCAAGGUUUGAUCGAUUCCAAGCCAUCGUUCAUUCAAAUCGUUGUCGUCGACUAGCAGGCUCGCCUUCUCUCGUGUACAGAAACUUCGAAGCAACAUGUUCGUGUUUUUUUCUUUUGUGUCUCGUAUUUGCCUAUUUUGGCUUUACUUGGCAAUAAAAGCCGAACCAAACCAUCGUCGGUUGUCUUCUUCCCCUCAUUAGUUCUUAUUUGAUCGUGCGUGACUGUCCGUGUGUAUGUGACGAUCAUAAUAAUAAUAAUAAUUUUUUGUUUGCCGUUUAAUAAGUCACAAAGGUAGUUGGCUUAAACAUCAGGAGGAAAUCAUACUGUCCGAGAUGCAAAAGGACAGAUGCAGCAGUCCGUAGUCGAUUGUAAAUAAAUUGUGCCACCCCCCUACUCCCUUCCAGCAUCGUUCGUCUUAUCAUAUUGUCUCUCAAGCGAAUGUAUAGAAUACUUCCAUGGUUUUGUUCCAAUUUUUUGUAACAUAAAGCUGUUUGUUCUGUUUAUUCUUUUCAUUGUCUGUGUGGUGUGUAGGAAACGAAAUACACGCUUAAUUAUGACUGAUA